AUGCAUGUUUUAGACUUACUAGGUGGGCUAUCUGGGCUUACAGGUACGAUUGGGGAAUUUUACUCAUCGCAUUUACCCUUAUCAGUUGGCAAACAUCCAAAAGAUAAUCAUUUACCAGUUGUUGUGUGGCAUGGCAUGGGUGAUUAUUAUAAUUCAGAAUCAAUAUCAUCGGUGAAUGAAACACUUCAUAAAUAUAUACCCAAUCUUGAAUUUUAUUCAAUCCAUGUCAAAGAAAACAGUAGACAGGAUCAAGAAGCUGGCAUUGUUGGUGAUUGCAUGACUCAGAUACAGCAUGUAUGCGAACAACUUGCUGAUAAGGAAGAAUUGAAGCAAGGAUUUAAUGCUAUUGGAUUUUCGCAGGGUGGUCUUUUUUUAAGAGCAGCAAAGGAAAUAUGCGAUCUCCCCAUACAUAAUUUGAUAACUUUCGGUUCUCCACAUAAUGGCUUUGAUGACCUUCCACGUUGCGAUAACUGGCUUUGUAAAAGAAAGAACGAACUCUUAAAAGGACACCUGUAUGACCCAAGAGUUCAAAACUCAGUGGUGCAAGCACAAUACUAUCGGGAUGUCCAUAAUUUUGACGAUUACAUUACCGGCAGUAACUUUCUCAAAUUUGUUAAUAACGAGUUUAUUAAGGACAAUGAAUAUGCAGACAAUCUAAUUAAAUUGAACCGUCUUGUUCUAGUGAUGUUCUUGAAGGAUCACACACUUGUCCCGAAAGAAAGUGCAUGGUAUUUCGACACAGAUCCAGAAACAAAUCAGCCGAUUCCAUUCAAUUUAACAGUGGCCUACAAACAGAAUCUCGUAGGCUUGAAGACGCUUGACAUGGAAAAUAAACUUGACUUUAUUACUAUUGACGGUGAACACAUGCAGUUGACCGAAGAGGAUUUACAAAAGAUAGCAUUAAGUUAUCUCUAA